AUGAAGACAAAGAAAGUACGGAAAGCACCCACUGACAAGAUCGAUCAAACUGGCCUAACGGCACUUGUCAAGUACAAAGAUAUGUGUCUGCUUAAAAAUUUUGGAGGGGUUCAAGGGGUAGUUUCUGCUAUUGGAAGCUGUGUGGAGAAUGGUAUUGAUAAUGAUGCUGAAGAUAUUGCUCAUCGACGAGAGGCAUGUGGCUCAAACACGUUUGAGAAACUGGCUGCAGAGAGCUUCUUCCGCUUUGCAGCGGGACCCUUUGAGUAUUUCACCAUCUUCAUCCUCGUAGUCCUUUCGGUUUGCGCAGCUCUCUCUUUUGGCCUUAUCACUAAACGGCAUGGAUUAAAAGAAGGAUUGUCUGAAGUUGGAAGCAUGUUUGUCGCUGGUCUGCUUGCUUUGAUCUCUGCAAAUUUAAGUACGUUCCCACUGGGGAGAUCUCUCUACAAGUUAUCCGGAGUCAGCAACAACAGCCUAGUUGAUGUUGUGAGAAGUGGGCGGCGCCAACAGAUUUCCAUACUCGAAGUUGUUGUUGGGGAUGUUGUUUUCUUAAAGAUUGGGGACCCAAUUCCUGCGGACGGGUUAUUCUUAGAUGAGCCGUCAUUACAAGUGGACCAAUCAAGCAUGACAGGAGAGAGUGAUUUCGUUCAUGUUAAUUGCAGCGAGAAUCCCUUCUUGUUUUUAGGCACCAAGGUAGUUGAUGGGCAUGGUCGAAUGCUUGCAACUUCAGUUGGCAUGAACACUUUCUGGGGCGAGAUUAUGAGCUUAACUAAUCAUGAUUAUCAUGAACAGACCCCUUUACAAGCACGGCUCAAUAAUAUGAACUUCCUUCUAGUUAAGGUUGGCCUGGCAGUCGCUUUCCUAGUUCUUGCAGUCUCGUUGGCUCGCUACUUCACAGGAAAGACAGAAGAUGAGAAUGGAAAUCCGGAGUUCAGUGGCAGCCAGACCAAUCUUGAGGACAUUUUGAAUGCUGUGGUGGGGAUCGUCGCUGCUGCAGUUACUGUUGUCGUCGUUGCCAUUCCAAAUGGAUUGCCACUGGCUGUCAGGCUUACAUUAGCGUAUUUCAGGAAGAGAACGUUGGCUGAUCAUGCAAUUUUGCGGAAGCUCUCCGCCGGUGAAACCAUGGGUUCUGUCACCACCCUUUGUACUCAGGAAACGGGCACUCUCACGCAGAGCCAAAUGAAGGUGAUGCAGUUUUGGCUUGGCCAAGAUUUUGUGGCGGUUGGUGCUUACGCAUCUAUAGCUCCCAAUGUUCUAGAAUUAAUCAGAGAAGGAGUUGCUCAUAACACAACUGCUAGCAGUCCCACCGAAAAUGCCAUACGGUCAUGGACUGUUCUAGAGCUAACGAUGAAUAUUGAGCUGGAGAGUUACACCAUUCUUCAUGUUGAAGCUUCUAAUUCACAAAGGAAGCGGAGUGGUGUCUUGAUGAGGAAAAAGGCUGACAAAACAGUCCAUGUUCACUGGAAAGGGGCAGCAGAGAUGAUACUCGCAGUGUGCUCGAGUUACUACGAUGCAUCUGGAUCAACAACAGAUCUGAAUGAUGAUGAAAGGAUUAAAAUUGAACAAGUAAUUGAAGGUAUGGCAGCAAGAAGUCUCCAUUGCAUUGCUUUUGCACAUAAACAAGUUCCCAAAGAGGAGUGCUUCAAGAACAAUGGAAACAGGAUGCUAAAAGAAGAUAGCUUGUCUCUGUUAGGAAUUGUAGGUUUAAAGAGCCCAUGUUGUCCGGGUAUGCAGGAAGCCGUGGUAGCGUGCCGUAAUGCUGGUGUGGACAUCAAAAUGAUCACUGGAGAUAAUCUUUUCACAGCAAAAUCUGUAGCCACUGAAUGUGGGAUACUCAGGCAUGGCGGCCAGGAUGUGCUAGAUGGAGAAGUAGUUGAAGGGGUGGAAUUCAGAAACUACACGCCUGAGGAGAGACUGAAAAAACUUGACCGAAUUUGUGUAAUGGCAGGAUCCUCUCCAUCGGACAAACUUCUGUUGGUAGAAUGCUUAAAACAGAAAGGCCAUAUAGUUGCAGUCACUGACGAUGGCACGAACGACCCACCGGCACUGCGUGAAGCCGAAGUUGUACUUUCCAUGGGCAUUCAGGGCAGCAAAAUGGACAAAGAAAACUCAGAUAUAAUCUUUUUAGAUGAUAAUUUUACCUCUGUGGUAUCAGCUUUGCGGUGGGGAAGAUGCAUUUAUUACAAUAUCCAGAAGGUUAUUCAGUUUCGACUGACUGUAACUGUUUCUUCUCUGAUAAUCAUCUCUGUUGCAGCAAUUUCAGGCGAAGUCCCAUUGACAGUGUUUCAGUUACUGUGGGUGAAGCUAGUAGUGGAGGCAAUGUGUGCUCUUGCUCUUGCUUCAGAGCAGCCCACCUCGGAGCUCAUGGAGAAGCCACCUGUGUGUCGGAGCGAGCCACUUAUUACCAACAUCAUGUGGAGGAACAUAUUGGCACAGGCGUUUUAUCAAACAUUCAUCCUCCUGACCCUACAAAUUAAUAAGGGCGAUUCGGUCUUUAGUAUUAAGAAGAAGGUGAAGAACGCCUUCAUCUUCAAUACUUACGUUCUGUGCCAAGUUUUCAAUGUAUUAAAUGCAAGGAACCUUGAGAAGAAGAAUGUCUUUAAGGGGAUAAAAAGGAACUGGUUGUUUUGUGGGAUGUUUGGGAUAACCAUUGUUCUUCAGGCUGUGGUGGUGGAAUUUCUUAAGGGAAUUGCCGGAACAGAGAGGUUGGAUGGGCGGCAGUGGUUCAUGUGUGCUGCGCUUGCAGGCAUCUCUGGGUUAAUUGGAUGUGUAGUUAAGUUGAUUUCUGUUCAGAAGAAACCAAUUUUAGGAUUUUGUGGUGUGUAAAAUGUUCCACCAAGGGCGCUUGGGAGAGAAGGCGAGG